CUCCGGGCGCUGUCCGUCCGGCGUUCCCCGCGAGAGACAUGGCCGGGAGCAGUGAGAAGGCGCCAGACUCCGGGCGAGGCGUCGUGCUUAUGGAUAAUUGGCCAGGAUACGAUCUGGAUUUAUUCACGUACCCGCAGCACUAUUACGGUGACCUGGAGUGUGUGCUCAUCCCUCACGGAAUCAUAGUGGACAGAAUUGAGCGGCUGGCUAAGGAUAUAAUGAAAGACAUCGGCUACCAUGAUAUUCUGGUCCUGUGUGUACUGAAAGGUGGUUACAAGUUCUGUGCCGAUCUUGUAGAACACCUCAAGAACAUCAGCCGGAAUUCAGAUCGGUUCGUCUCCAUGAAGGUUGACUUCAUCCGACUAAAAAGUUACAAGAACGAUCGGUCCAUGGGUGAGAUGCAGAUCAUUGGAGGCGAGGAUCUUUCAACACUGGCUGGAAAGAAUGUUCUCAUUGUUGAGGACGUCGUUGGAACCGGGAGGACCAUGGAGGCCCUGCUCAGCAGCAUUGAGAAAUACAAACCCAACAUGGUGAAGGUAGCCAGUUUAUUGGUGAAGAGGACAGCGAGGAGUGACAGCUUCAGACCUGACUGUUUUGCUUUCCAGUCCUUCAACCAGCGGAAGGCAGUGGCGCAGUGGAGGAAUAGCUUCCUGGCGACUGCUGCUGAACACCCGGCUAUGUAUGGCCGUGCCUUGGUGCUUGAUGCUGGAUUCGAGAUCCCAGAUGUCUUCGUGGUGGGCUAUGCCUUAGACUACAAUGAGUACUUCCGAGACCUUAAUCACAUCUGCGUGAUCAACGAACACGGGAAAGAAAAGUAUCGAAUAUGAUGGAGCAAAACUCGUCAGUGUCUUUCACGGAUAAGGCGAUUCUUCUACCCUGCUCUCAGGAGGCCACCGUGGAAGUCUGUCUCCUUAGCCGUCUUCACCCGGUUAGGUAUAAAAGGCUGUUUUUAGAAGCAAGCUCCCUUUUUUCAGAGAUUAGAAUUUAAACAGCAAAGGUUCGUUGGGAAGAGAAGACUACGCUUGCCUUUGACUCAUUACAAAUUAAAUUUCUGCUCCCCCGAACUCCACCCACUUCACUGCUCCUCCGUGAGCACAGUCAGUAAGCUCCAUGACUCCUCCCAGGAAUACACCCACCUGGUGACUCAAAUACUGUUCACUUAACUGUCCUAACGCUGUUUAAAAUAAUAAUAAUAAUAAUAACAUUUUACCGUAAUGACCUGCGGCCCCCUCGUCCUUAGCCCUGCGCCUGCACUGUAAGAAUGCAGCUAGUUUCCCUUGCUAAAACAGGAGCGAAAGGACAGCUUCUCAUGAGCGUCUGUUUGCCCCGUUCUGACAGGACAUUAUUAUCUGCUUUGACAAAGCCUUUCAGAAGUGCGGGUACAAUGGAUCUUAAUGAUGUUAUGAAAUGAGUCUUCGCCGCGUGCGUUUGAGCUCUGCUUCCUGUGAUGACAGCGUGGAUGUGUGCAUGGAUGUACUCAACUGUGUUUAAUACUCUGCAUUUUAAUUAGGAAAAAACACAAUGGCAGCGAGGCCUGCCCUCCCGAGCUGAGCCAUGGCGGGCGUGAGAGGCGGGGGUUUUUCAAAACUCAGUACUAAGCAAGUGUAAAGUGUUCCUCUUACUUGCAUGGAAGGAUAAAACAGACUACAUAUUGCCCUAAACAUCAACAGAGGUUGAAUCAUUUAGCUAAACGUCCUUACACGGCUUCUCACACAAUCCACGGUGCAUAGGAAGCAAGCACACAUACAGAAGUUUUUGUGUGUAGCACACACAUAUAUACACACACGUGCACACACACAUAUGCACGUAUGUGUGCAUGCAUACCCGUUAUCACCACUAUAUGUGACAUUUCCUAAUUUGUAGGGUUUUAAUUAAAAUUAAGCUCACAAGUCCAAGUUUCUUACCUCCUAAAAGAAACAAAUGCAAGAUAAACAACUAAACUGCCUUUGUUUGGUUCUGAACCAUCAGAUGUGGCAUAUUGCUAUGUUGGAGAGUCCUUUAAGCUAAUAAUUAAAAUGAUAUCGUGUUUCA